AUGAAUUUCGGCGUAGACAAAGAUAGUUCAUUAAUUGAUACAUCAGUGUUACCAAAUGAUAUAUUUACACGUGUGGAUGAUGAUUUUUUUUCUAUUGUUAAAGCAUUAGCCGGUGAUUCAGUAUUCAAUAUUUUACGGAUACACCUAAUUAAUUCGGUAAGAAAACUGUUAUCUACAACUGAUGUAUUCGCAUUUUUUCAAAUUGAAUCUGAAGAAACAGAUAAAAUAAAAGCUGAAUCUUGUUUUAAAUCUAAAACUGGACAAUAUUUUGUUAAACCCGGUAUUCAAACCAGUUUAUCAUAUUUAAUCAAAUUAUUAAACCAGAAGCUAAAAGAAGAAUUAACACUAAAUGAAAAUAAUGAAACUCGAGAUACAUUUAUAUCUAACGAGUUUAUUGACAAGCAUCCGCUUUUAAAAUCUUUACUUAGAUGCUAUCAACAAAAUGACUCGGAAAACAACAACAAAGCAAAUAGAUACACUGAAUCAAUUAAAAAAUUUGCCAUAUGCUUAUACAUAUUCGGUGGUAAACAAUGCUAUGAGUUCGUUCGUUUAAAUAUGCCUGGUAGUAUACCGCAUUUGUCAACACUUGGUGAUUUAAUUAAUAAAUCGAAUAUGACUUUAACUGAGGCAGAAUUUAAAUUUGACUCACUUCAAAAGUUUCAAUCAGGUUUUGGAUUUUGUUCUGAAGGUACUACUGGUGUCAUUCCUAAAGUUGAAUACGAUUCGUCGACAAACUCAUUCAUUGGAUUUACAACACCAAUUGUUGAUGGCAUUCCAUUGACGAAACAUUAUCAAGCUGAUACAUUUGAUGAUUUUAAAAUCAUAUAUAGUACCGAUGAAACAGCACCACUAUUGAAUGUACAUAUGUUCCAAAGUAUAUCAACAGAAGAUGAUCCAACAAAUUUUUCGAAACCAGUUUUACUCUCUGCUUAUGGUGUUGACAACAAAUUUAGAGCUAUGGAUAUUUUACGACGAUGGAUGUAUAUUUUUGAACGUUGUUUAGAUAAAGAUGUUCGCAUUAUCGGAUUUUCUACAGUACUAUUAGUGAAACAGCAACAUUUACCAAAGCAAGCAUUAAUCAAUAUACAUUUAUUCAAUUCACAACCAUGCGAGUCAUUAUUUAGAGAUGCAAGAUCAUUAAGCAGUACAUCCUCAACGGUCGUCAAUUUUACCGUAAAAGAUUUUAUGCGACGUUCACAAAAACUAUCAAUAUUAAAUCAAUUUAAACAUAAUCAUUUGGAAAAAGAUCUAUCAUUCCCCAUACAUCACAAACACAAAUGCGAACAUCCAUUACAAUCAUCACAUCAAUUAGAUAAUAUUGAUACCUUAGAUAUUCAAAAAUUAAUAUCAAAUGCAUAUGAUCAAGCAUUACGUCUUGUUAAAUAUUCAAAAAUACUAGUUAAAUUAAAUGAGCAUCAAAUAAAUUAUUUAAAUGAUUUAAGUAGUUAUAUCUUCAACAUGUUAAAUAAAAAUUCAAGAAUGAUUAAUUAUUCUUUCCGAACAGAAAAUAACACCACUGACGAGUUUGGAUUGGAUGAAGAAAAUGAAGAUAAUGACGUCAUCAAUUAUGCACCAGACCAACUUAUUGAUGAAAUUCUAUUUGAUGCUCAAAGCGACGGUGUUAGUGAUGAUGAUGAAAAUAUAUUAAAUUCAACAAAAUCAGAUUUUAAUGGGAUAAGAAUAGUUGAUAAUAUUAAUCCUGCCAUAAGAAAAUCGUAUUUCAAAGUCAAAAUAAAUGACAAUAUUAAGUAUCUUCACAAACAAUCGGCCUGCUGGCUGCAAUCGAGUCAGAUAACGAAAUUAUCAAGUGAUCGUUUAUCUCGUGUCAUGCAACAAACACCUGGUCAUGAUUAG